AUGUCUUUGCUUAUUUUGCUCCUGAUAGUAUUGUCGAUAUUCUUCUGGUGUCGAUCCUACUUGCAGCAUCCGAAACGAAGGGUUCCCAUCUCGGUCACCGGUGCAAAGCAAAGACCUCCAGUGGCAAGCAACCUCACGGCCCUGGAUUUCGGCAAGAUCAAGCCUUACCAAGGAGACCCGACCCGAGAUGUACCAGCAUAUUCACGCAGUUGGAAGGGCUCGCGCUACCUGAUGACGAUGGGCAUACGCAAACUCGACGUAAAUGACUGGCUGAUCAUCGACGACUUGUAUCCAUCCGAACAUCGUGACAAAGUCGCACGUCUCCAGACGCCUGAGCGAGAAGUUGUCUUCCAGUAUUUGGAUGGUACUUACGAAGCUUGUCUAGAAGGGCUGGAGAUCAUCGUGCGGUAUCUCACGACCAGAUAUCCACACGUUUUUGUUCUCGAAGGAGAUUAUGUUGUAAACAACCUUAUGGGCGAACGAUACCGAAUUCAAGAGCCGAUGGACAAGCACCCGCUGGAAGUGGCCUCGCUGCUAGUGUACGAAGACGUACAUAUCCUGCAAGAGGGAUCAGACCAGCUCUAUUCCCUGUCCGUGACACUCAAUCAUUUCAUCCAAGCAGCUGAGCUAAUUAGUCGCAUGUGCGUAGUAGGUCCCACGCCGGAAUUCGCUGACACGGGUCACGCUUUUUGCAGGUAUUUUGUCAACAUGAAAGUUGGCGGAGGUGUUCAGCGCAACAACCUGUUCAUGCAGCCGACGCACGAAAAUUAUCAUCCGGGCCGCUUGGACGCGUAUCCACCCUGUCAUUCUAUCAAGCAGGUCCAUCUGAGGAUGGAAUUACAGAGCUUGAUGCGCAUGCCAAAGACACGAGCCCUCCUCUUCACCGUUCACCCAUGGAUCAUCCCCGUGACGGACCUGGCCAACGAGCCAGACAAGCUCGAAAUCUUAUGGAGUCAGAUACGCACCUACCCUGAGAACUUCGCCGAAUACAAGCUACGACAUCUAUGGGGAGACGUCUUUGAAGAAUUUGCGAAGACGGUAUUGAACAAGGCCGGCCCGCACCCGCGAGAUGAAGAAGGGGGAAACUCAAGUGCCCGUGCCCCUUCGAAACCGGCAAUAGGUUUCUAG